AGAACAGAUCCAGAAAGUCGACCAGCAGCCACGUCCUCGGCCAUACCAGGGCACAUAUCUUCAAUAUCGUCAAGGACGAGUGUGAACGGACGUGCGACAUCACAUUUCGAUACCACGCUAGCUCCGACUCAUGACGACAUCCCCACGACUCGAUAUGCGGCACACAAUUACGACGACGUCACGUCAGGGGAUGGACGUGAAUGACGUUUCCCCACCAAUUUUGGUGCAUUCCCUGCCAGGCGUUGACGUUCGUGACAACGCUUCCCCAACGAUGUCAGCUACCUUGCAAGAUAGAGCAUAUGCCUUGCUUGGCUCAUCCAAUGGACGGACUGCUCCGCGGGCUCACCGAAGUCUCGACCACCAGGCGGUACUACCAGGCACGAACAUUCAUGACACCAAGCUCCCUACUAUGAUGGCUACCUUGCAAGAUCAGUCCCAUGUGCUGGUGGAAGGCCCGGCAGCGAUCUUGCGGAAGGAUCUUAAUGCGGACAGUCACGAGCUGGCGCACCAGGUACCAGAGGUCCGAGGUGCUGUUCAAACCACACAGCCUAGUAGCAGCAACGCCGAAGUCGUGAGAGAUAUUGGUUGGCAUAAGGCUAAUGUAGAGAUACCUGAUCCGCUGAUAGGUGGUCACACAAAUAGAGAGCUUUUUCAAUUCAUCAGACGCUUCAACAAGGAUGUCUUCGAUGUCAGAGCUGUGCCUAUGGAAAUCGCAAGUGGUCUCGACCUUAAUGAUGCGUGGUCUCAGGAUCAUGCGGCCGACAAAUUGACGCUGCACCUGGAACGGAUUUACUUGACUGUGGUUCUUGGCUUCGCAAGUCUUGGAAAACAAGUAUCGCGACUUCGUUCAUGGAAGGAGACUCGCCGUACAUCGGCGUUCUGCGCGGUAUAUUUCACUGCGUGGCUACUUGAUCUUCUUAUGCCGCUCCUCCUGGGGACAUUGAUUCUCGUGGCCUCUUCUGUGGAAGCUCGCAACGCACUCUUUCCGCCAGCACCGCGUGCUCUGGUAAACAUCAUGACAGGCGGGUGCCAGAAGCCGCAGGCAGGUCAGCUAGGCACCAACGACACACUCACCGGUGCUCCGGAAAAGCAGCCGGGUGAAGCUAUGGAGGAGGAAGCGGCCAAUUUCGUCGACAACGUCCGACAUAACCUUCAAAGGGCUAUCGGUAUGCAUAACAAGCCACAGCAGGAGGGAGAUCCACUGGAGGGGAAGGUUCCGAAGCCUGUCAGGGAAGCAGUCAAAGCCGUCCAAGCCGCAGGUUCCGCACCAGGGCAUAUCACCGAGACUACCGAUCAGACUCAGGAGCCGAUGGAAGAGAUCAUAUGGGCUGGUGUCAACCCGGAAACUGUUGCCAAUAUCCUUGAUGUUGCGCCACAUGUGGUUGGGGAGGUUGCUGAUAAUUGGGAGAGGGUUGCGAACGCACUUUCGCCAACUUCACCAUUUUCUCAUGUUGCUUUCCUCAGAAUCGAUGCUGUUCUAGUCCCUCUAUUCCUCAUGUCGCUUUUUAUUAAUUAUUACAUGGUCUAUAAGACAACUGGGUUGGCCAUUGGAUUCGUCAUUUUUGGCGACCCAAUACUGACACCUUCAAUGGCGUGGUUCAAACGAAAGGUACCCAAUUAUAUGGAGCUUGCAGAGCCCAAGAAUAAUAUUCUUCGCGGCGUGCCAACCAAGUUGCGAAAGGACUGCAAUUCUCAAUUUCUCAACUCGUCUCGACCGAGUUUCACAUGGCAGACGUAUACAUAAGCACCCUUUUUCCUCGGUUGUGGCCUUGAAGUCAAAGAGGCGGGAGGGGACUAUAAUGAGGCGAUCAUGCAGCUUGCCGUGUGGUCCGCCGCAGCUCUUGAGAAAUUGCAUUCCUUCGCAGAUACGACGCCUACGUACGCACUACUUAUCUAGGAGCGUAGGCGCCUUAGAAAGACCAAUAUAAUGUUGUAAGGCAGAUUGUGAGAGACGUGGAAGAGUGUGAGAGACGUGGAAGAGUGUGUGAUUGUGAGAAAUACAUCCCCCUACAAGCCCCCUAUUGUUACUUGACAAGCUUGAAUCUCCGCUUGCUACUCGUAAACUAGUUGGAGAAAUUGUGAGGAAGGACACUAAAUUCCAACAAGAUGUUGGAGGCCUGCCCGGCUCGCCGGGCCAGAUAUAGAAAUGCUCUGCGUAUAUCAUGACUUUGUCAUGUCGCAAGAACAAUUCUUAGUGGAUGAUAUCUCUGUUCGUACUUCGCUAACCGUAUGAGGGAGUGAGAGACAGGAAGAAUUCUCCUUUCAGCAAUGAAUGUCCCAUUAAUCUCUUCACGACACAAGAUUCCGUUGUGGCAAUUGAUGCCGCAUCAUUGCACUCAAGACACGUCCGAAAUGAUGGCUGACCGCCUUCAGAAGGCGGUUCUCAUAUACAAUGGGCCAUGAAACUGUCCGUUGUGAUAAUAACCUCCCGGGACGCGAUGAUUCCAGCAGUUUUCGUGACGCCGAGUCGACGAGGCCGGAUGAAUAUUUUCGAAAGUGUGUCUCUGAACAUCCUGUCGAUUACAAACAUGUGUUCUGUUUUUGGGGAUGUGAGUCAAGAGGCACGAAAUUUGAGAGUUUGGUGUUUUAGAACAGUCCGGAAAACGUCGCCUGGCAGGGUGUUCGAUCUUGCAGCCACAACCUUUUGGAUUCGGCAUGGUAGAUAAUUGAGGUAUGCCAGUUAUUAACCUUCUCUCGA